CCUCCCCCCGCCGAGCAGCGAUCUCGUCUCCCGCCUGCUGGACGCCGCCUCUCGCCUUCGCGUGCAGCCCGCAUGCCCUUGGUGAGCCCCUUGCCCAGCGCCUCACAUGCCAUACUGACAUCCGUCUGCAGCACGUCGCGAGUUCGUGCCGCCGACGCCUUGUGCUGGCCACGCUCCUCUUCUUGUUCUGUACAGCUCCGUCCCAUUGUUCUGUAUCAAUCGCCGUCGAUGCGCCAUAAUACACGCUGCUUUUUGCAUUCUCCCGUCGAUGCGAUGUCGUCCACAAGUCUGAUGAUUCUUCGUCUCGUCGUCCGCGCUGGUCGAGCUCUGGGUGACCUGAAGAGACUCAUCGCUAACACGUGAACAAAUUCGUUUUCAUGUAACUGAAGCAUAUACGGUGUACCUCAUUCAUACCGGGCUUCAUCUUGCACCAUCUCUCGCUGGAAUGGGCGCCUCUCGUGCAAAGAAAAUGAAAGCAACUUCGCACGUGACGUGGCGGGUGUAUCGUGAGAAGCAUGAUUUGAUCGGGUCCGCUGCGCAGUCCUUUCGAAGUUUGUUCGUCUCCCGACCUUCAGUGAGAUAGCUUCUGCACAUAUUCUCGACAUGAAGUUCCUCUGUCGUUCUUGAGUCAAG